ACACACCCACCUUUUUACAGCUCGGCUCCUCCUUGGCUCACCUUUCCUUUACCUUUUAAACCUCUCUGCCUCUCAUGGCUCCACCGAUUAAGCUUGUUCCUCUCUUUCAAAGCUUCAAUCUUUGGUCCCAAACGCAGUGCUCGACCAAAAAAUGCCUAGGAAGAGAUUGCCCAUCUUUCACAAAGUCUCAAAAAUGCUCAAAGUUUCAAUCUUUGUGGCGAAAAUGAGAAAACCCAUUAUUCCUAAGCUUGUUGUGUUCAUGAAAUCACAGAAGCUGAGGAAUUUCAAGGUCAAGCUUCUUCAGAAUCAGAAGUAUUACAAUUAUGGGUACAUUACAGCUUACGAGUUCUCUCCUUCUAAGACUCGUCCUCUUAUUGGGUACCAAAGAAAGCAGCUUGGGAAUGGAAUAAGCCUCGAACGAGUGUGUUCAAAGCUCUUUCUUUGCAGAUGUUUGGGUAAUAAUUUUCCAGCCGAAGGAGGAGACUACGGGGAUUGUUCUCUGCAACUUGAAGCUCUGCCAGCCGUUGAUGAAGAAGUCAAAGUCAAAUGUGGGGCGUUGGAUUGGGGGGACGAUGAAGAGGAAGAAUCUGAAGAAGAAGUCGAAGAAGAAGAUGGUUCGAUUGAUUUACGAGCUGAGAGGUUUAUCGAAAGGUUUUAUGAAGAUAUGAAAAUGCAGAGGCAGGUGUCACUAUGAAUUAUGAACAUGGUCAUUCACAUUUGUUAAUUCAUUAAAUUUCUUAUUUCUCAAUUUGUUUUUCUUGCUUUUGGUUCUGUAGUACUCCUGUCAGAUUUUUUUGAUCAGGGUACUUAGGAAAAUUCACAAUUUCGUUUUCUUUCAUCUACUAUAAAUGUAAUUUUGUGAAAGUCUAAAGAAUUUUGUAUUGUUUGAUCAGAGACAGACAAUCUAGUCGGUUCUCAAUGAAUUUUCGAGUUUUUCCA